UUUAAAAUGUGAGAUCUAGGGAGCUGUGAGUCUGCUGUCAGAACUUUUGGGUAUUUCUUGGCAAAAGGUCACAUUUUAGUUUUCAAAAUUCCCUCAAAAUUCCCUCAAAAUUAUAACGUAAGCUCUUGGCUGUUCUCUAAAAAUAUAAAAAUGACUGACAAGAAGGCAUCGUCGUCCCGAGGGCCACAUCCUGGGAUCCAGUUUAGCACCGCCAUGGGUACGCCGGAAACCAAGCGCAAGAUGCUCCUCUAUAGACGCCUGUUGAGCCGAGACUUGGCUCGGGAUGGCAAAAAUACGCAGGACAUCGCACGGGCGAGGAAUCGCGGCCUUCAAGAGCUGGACCAAGGAAGGUUUCCAAAGUCCUAGUAGUAGCCAUGCUCCUUGGUUGGCACAAGAGUUUACGUUUACGGAUUCUGGAAAAAGUCUUGUUCAUUUCGGUCUUAAAUAAAUUUAUUUGAAUUAUA